UCCUUGUCUUUUCUUGUAUCUGGGGAUAAAUAAAAUUUAAAUAUUGGUCUUAAACAUCAUUCUAUUGGUGCAAAUCUCCCAAAUUUAUUCGAUAUUCUUCACAUAUUAGAAUAUCUCUUUAUUCAACUCACAUCUUUAUUCCCGCAAAUUUGUGGUAGAAAACCCUAGAAAUUUAACGCAGAUUAUGAGAUUAAAGUCAUUCAAAGUGUUCCCUCUUUGUCUCUAACUCCCACAGUUCGAACUACAAAUACAAACAAGUAGGAAAAUGGGUGAUGUGGCAGAGAGAUGGUGUGUGGUGACAGGAGGAAGAGGGUUCGCUGCUCGGCAUUUGGUGGAAAUGCUGAUCCGAUAUGAAAUGUUUCAUGUCAGAAUUGCUGAUUUAGGACCGGAUAUUAAAUUGGAGCUUCAUGAAGAGGAAGGCGCGGUUGGAAAAGCUCUGCGAUCUGGACGUGCCAAGUAUGUAUCCAUGGAUCUUCGUGACAAGUCCCAAGUGCUCAAAGCGUGUGAAGGAGCCGAGGUUGUCUUCCACAUGGCUGCUCCAGAUUCAUCCAUCAACAACCACCAGCUUCAUCAUUCUGUUAAUGUGCUAGGAACCAAGAAUAUCAUUGAUGCUUGUGUUGAGCUAAAAGUGAAGAGACUUAUUUAUACCAGCUCCCCCAGUGUGGUGUUUGAUGGGGUUCAUGGUAUUAUCAAUGGGGAUGAAUCACUACCAUAUCCUUCUAAGCAUAAUGAUUCCUAUUCUGCAACUAAAGCUGAAGGAGAGGCACUAGUUAUCAAGUCAAAUGAUACUAAAGGGCUCCUGACCUGCUGCAUUAGACCUAGCAGUAUUUUUGGCCUUGGCGACAGGUUGUUGGUUCCAUCACUAGUUGCAGCUGCAAGGGCUGGAAAAUCUAAGUUCAUUAUUGGUGACGGCAACAACAUGUAUGAUUUCACUUACGUAGAAAAUGUCGCACAUGCUCAUGUAUGUGCCGAACGAGCUCUUGCAUCAGGCGGUGCAGUUGCAGAAAGAGCGUCUGGCCAGGCGUAUUUUGUCACGAACAUGGAGCCCAUAAAGUUUUGGGAGUUUGUCGCACUUAUUCUUGAAGGUCUUGGCUAUGAGAGGCCAAGAAUUAAAAUUCCUGCCUCUGUGAUGAUGCCAAUUGCAUAUCUGGUGGAGUUGACUUAUAAGCUGUUGGCGGCAUACGGAAUGAAGGUCCCACAGUUGACUCCGUCAAGAAUCAGACUCCUAUCUCGUAGCAGAACAUUUAAUUGUUCGAAAGCAAAUGAUCGCCUUGGCUACACACCAAUUGUCCCACUUCAGGAGGGCCUAAGGAGGACCAUUGAAUCAUAUCCGCAUCUGAGAGCUGAACAGCUGCCAGAAAAGAAAGGCCCUUCUAAAGCUUCUCUAUUUCUCGGAAGUGGAAGAGUUGCUGACACACUUCUUUGGAGGGACAAGAAACAGACACUAACAGCAGCAUUAGUUCUGGCUGCAAUUUAUUUCAAUUUCAUAGCUUCUGGCUUCACCAUAGUAACUUCUAUAUCAAGGAUUCUGUUGGUGUCAGCGAUUUUCUUGUUCAUCCACGGAAGACUGCCUCAGAGAAUAAUGGGUUAUAAAAUUGACAAAGUUCCCAUGUCAUGCUUCCAUGUAUCGGAAGAGACAUCGCGCCAAGUUGCUCUGUCAGUGGCCUCAGGCUGGAAUUCUGCAGUGAAGGGUUUAAAAUCUCUUUGUAAAGGGGCUGAUUGUAUGUUCUUUCUUAAGGUGGCUCUCUCUCUAUUGAUUCUAAGUAUCCUUGGAACCAUUUCUCUGCAGAGUUUGUUUGUCAUUGGAAUCCCAGGUGCCUUUACUUUGUUUUUCAUAUAUGAGAAAAAAGAGGAAGAAAUAGAUUGUCUAAUUCAUGAGAUUGCCUCAUUUACAUGGAAGUUGAAGUCCGAUAUUUCUGGGAAACUUUUCAGCUCUGCAGAAGACCGAUAAUGGGCAGCAAUGACCUGAUCGAGCUUCUUCCUUAUCUUGAGAAGCUUUCUAAAGCAGGUUCUGGAAGUUCAAGGACUUCACACUUAUCCUUUGUGUGUAACAUAUUCAUGGUUGGGAACCUUGCCAAAAGGCAGUUUUUUUUUUUUUGGUUAAAGGAAAGCCAAUUUUUGUGUCUGCUGAUAUCAGGUUGCGGUGUGUCAAGGCAUCAUCUUUUGACCUGUUCUCAUUUCUCUUUUUUCCGGCUUUGCCAAUAUUGCUAGAGUAUGCUUGGCUCUUGCUGCGUUGGUGUGAAUGGUUUCGUUUUAGCCCUAUAUUUGUUGGGGCAGAGGUGGAGGUAGAUACAGAUUAUAGUCAUGUGAUAAUGUAUAAUUUUGCUUGUUCGUGAAUUGAAGAAUCAAGAAUGUGUUAGUUUUUGUGUUA